GGGCGGGGCGGGCGCUGGGUUUGCCGCGGUGAGAGCUGGCUGUGGGGCUGAGCUCGGAAAGGGCUCUCAGGCGUCCUUUUGUUCCGCGGCCGCAGGGCGGGGCAGGCCCAAGUUUCGCUGUACUCUUGUUUACUCUCCAGAACGGCCAUGAUUUCCCAGUUCUUCAUUCUGUCCUCCAAGGGGGACCCGCUCAUCUACAAAGACUUCCGCGGGGACAGUGGCGGCCGGGAUGUGGCUGAGCUCUUCUACCGGAAGCUGACGGGACUGCCUGGAGACGAGUCCCCGGUUGUCAUGCACCAGGAUGACCGUCAUUUUAUUCACAUCAGACACAGCGGCCUCUAUUUGGUGGCCACGACUUCAGAAAACAUUUCUCCCUUCAGCCUCCUAGAGCUGCUUUCCCGGUUAGCCACUCUCCUGGGCGACUACUGUGGCUCCCUCAGCGAGGGGACCAUCUCCCGCAACGUGGCUCUGGUCUAUGAGCUUCUGGAUGAAGUGCUGGACUAUGGCUACGUACAGACCACCUCCACGGAGAUACUGAGGAACUUCAUCCAGACAGAAGCCGUGGUCAGCAAGCCCUUCAGCCUCUUUGACCUCAGCAGCGUCGGCUUGUUUGGAGCCGAAACACAACAGAGCAAGGUGGCUCCCAGCAGUGCAGCCAGCCGCCCAGUCCUGACCAGUCGCUCUGACCAGAGUCAGAAGAAUGAAGUUUUUUUGGAUGUGGUCGAAAGAUUGUCUGUACUGAUAGCAUCUAAUGGCUCAUUACUGAAGGUGGAUGUGCAGGGGGAGCUCCGACUCAAGAGCUUUCUUCCCAGCGGCUCCGAGUUGCGCAUCGGCUUGACAGAGGAAUUUUGUGUGGGGAAGUCAGAACUGAGAGGUUAUGGGCCAGGAAUUCGGGUUGAUGAGGUCUCAUUUCAUAGUUCUGUGAAUCUGGAUGAGUUUGAGUCUCAUCGAAUCCUGCGUCUGCAGCCACCUCAGGGCGAGCUGACUGUGAUGCGGUACCAACUCUCAGAUGACCUUCCUUCCCCUCUUCCCUUCCGGCUCUUUCCGUCUGUGCAGUUGGACCGAGGCUCAGGCAGGCUGCAGGUUUAUCUGAAGUUACGGUGUGACCUACCUGCAAAGAGCCAAGCGCUCAACGUCAGGCUGCACCUUCCCCUGCCCCGAGGGGUGGUCAGCCUGUCUCAGGAGCUGAGCAGCCCGGAGCAGAAGGCAGAGCUGGGGGAGGGAGCCCUUCGCUGGGUCCUCCCUCGCGUCCAAGGAGGCUCUCAGCUCUCAGGCCUUUUCCAGAUGGAUGUCCCAGGCCUCUCCGGGCCUCCUGGCCAUGGGCCCUCCUCGACCCCAAAUCCUCCUCUGGGGCUGGGCCCUGCAAGCCUCUCCUUCGAGCUUCCCCGGCACACCUGCUCCGGCCUCCAGGUGCGCUUCCUCCGGCUUUCCUUCAGGCCUUGUGGCAACACCAACCCCCACAAGUGGGUGCGGCACCUGAGCCACAGCGAUGCCUACGUCAUUCGGAUCUGAGGAUCCCCAGAUGAGGACGCAGGCAGUGGUCCAGGCUCCGGGCUUGUGGCUGUGGAGCUGAACUGGAAGAGUCCUGGGGCCUGAGAGGUCAGGAGGGCUUGAUGGGCUCAAGCCUUAUGGGGUCUAACAUGGGAAAGAUUGAGGUGUACCAGAACUUACAAACCAAAUUUUUAUUCUGAGGAACUGGCUGUACAAUAUCUAAAAAGAAAGGAAAGUGGAGGAAGUAAGCUACUACUUCUUUCCACUCAGCGUGCGUCUGGGUGUGUCUGUGUAGGAGUCUGUAGAAGAUGGUCAACAAAUGAGUGACAGCAUCAGGGAGCAGGCUGUGGGGAGCCAGACCCUGGGGGCUGGGAGCUAUUAGCCUUUGGAGUCCCUGGGGCUGGAGGGGGGCUAUCCCCAGCUUCCUGUUUUCCCCCACAGAGGGCACUGCCCCCAAGGGGGGAAGGGGAUGAUGAGGGAGGAGGAACUGGAGAAGGGUGGGAGGUGGGGCCUCCUUUGCCAUCCCCUGUAGGGGGAAGAGAGACCACGAUGUACUUCUGGACACUGCCUGGCCCAGAGGGCGCGGUGCUGGGUGGUGCAGUUGUGGCCGUGGAGACCAGCUUGACGAUGGGCUGCACACUGGGGACCGUGGUGGUGACAGGAGAGGUGGUGGUAGAGCCUGAGCCUGGGGCUGAGGUACUGAGGGAUAGGACCUGGGAGGAGAAAGAAAAGGCAGGGCCUUGAGUCCUCCCACCGGAGGACCAUUCCCCAGAGCGGGCUCAGAGCCGACAUCCCAGACUGCUGCCAGCUCAGGGGCCUUGUCAGGCCGAGCGGCGAUGGCCCCAUAGCACCCCAUGAAGGGCCCCUUCCAUCUCUGUCUUUGGGGCCUCCUGGGGUGCUCUGAGGUGACCCAGAUCCCUCACCCCACACCUUCCACGUACCUGUUGGGUGGAUGAGGCACUGGAGGAUGAUGACAUUACAAUAAACUUGGUUGGAGGAGGGGAGGGCUGAGGAGGAGCAGCAGCCCUUGAAGACACCAGCGUCUGGACGGGCAGUGCAAUGGAGCCAGGGACCUUUAGCAGGCCAGGGGUGCGAGGGCCAGGCUGUGGGGCCUGGGAGAGAGUCAGCGUGGGCCGGGGCUGCAGGGAGAAGAAGCAAGGUUGUCAACAUCCAGAAAAGAAGGGCCUAGAAGAAGCAGCUGGGCUCCUCUCACUGCUCCUCUGGUUCCUGUCUGGGGUUGGGGUGUCGCACUCUUAAGGAAGCCUGGAUUCCCCCAGGGCUGAGAGUCGGAGGGCCUUGGAUUUGAAAAUAAAAGUGCUUGUCUGAG